UAAUCUCCCUUCUCUCUCCUCUCUCCUCAACAUCAUCUCUUCAUUUUCUCAGAUUUUACCAUCUUUCAUUCUCUCUCUAGAACUUUCUCUAUUUCUCUCUUUAGAAGAAGAAGAAGAAGUUAGCUUGAGCAGCAAAAAUGACAGGAGGUGGAUCAACAAGCAGCAACCCGCCCAAGUAGAGGAAGAGAGUUGAAGCUGAGUCUCCAGAUGCUGAGUCUUCGCCUUCUGCUACUCCUUCUCUUAAGCAUGCUAAGGAUGGCAGCGCUUUCUCUCGCUGUGAGGAAUGCAACAGCAGUGUGCCAGUAGCUCUUAUUGAUAUGCACAACUGCAGCAUUGAGGCGAAAAUCAAGAUGAGCCUUGAUGCGACUGUUGUUGAAAAGCCGGCUGAGGUUAAGAAGAAGCCAGCUGAGAGGUUUGAUUUUGUGUUUGAUUAUGUUUAAACCAAACCAGAAAAGAGAGGAGAAGUAGCAGCUAAGACCAGGGGCACAGACAGACAGCAGACAAAGCAGCCAACAGCAUAAGCAGAACAGCAACCAGCAAACGAACAAUAGCACCAACAGAAGCUUGCAAUAGUAGGAACCAACAGCGACCUGUACACCAUAGAAAUACCCUGACCAGCAUCCAGCAGUAGACACCCAGCAGAAGAGGUAGAAAGCAGAACACAACAAGCUGAACACUAGCACCAACACGACGAAGGACUUUUCAGUCAUAGAAUAUCUCUGCCAGAGGUAUGCAAACAACAGUAUAGAUUGUAUAUGUGUAUUAUAGGAUUCGUUUACUCGUGAAACAUGUUAUACUCCAUGUAAAUAAGGAAUGAGCCAAUAGCCAAUAAGUGUUUUCUGUGAAACUUCAGUUGUUUGAUAUAGUUUUCAUUGAUGCGGUAUUGAGUGAGUGGCAAAAGACAUUGCUUAAGUUACCUGCAAGAAUACGUCAAGCAUGUGAACUGGUACAAAAGCUAGAUUUUACAGCAUUUUUUAUUUUAUGAUCAAUCUUAGGUCAUAAACUUGAAUUUUCAUUGAAUUUAGGAUGCAAUAAGUUCAGCUCAGUGGGUGAAAUACCUAAUAAAUGAGGCGAGGCCAUCCUUCACCAGAGCACUACAUCGAGGGCUUUGUAAGGACAUGUCAAGGGAAUUCCUUGGGAGAAUGAAGGAGGAAUGGCAUUUAGCACUUAUAAAUGUACUCACAGUAGCAUCGUGCAAUUUAGUAAUUGUUUGGUCACUCGCUCCUUGCUGCUCAUAUGUCAAUACCUUCAGCUCUUCUGAUCUACAGAAUAGACUACAGAAGCUCCCAAACAACAUAUUGGAAGCAAGUUAUCGUUAUAGAGAAUUUGAUCUGCAGAAAAGAGUUCUGUCUUAUUUAUGCAAGGCUGUACAAUUUAGCUUAGUGGGAUUUACAGUAGGGGCACUUCACAGCGCCUUGUUACAUCUCCAUACCCAAGGAAAAGAGAGAAGGUUGUCUGUGCCAAUACCACCUGCAAAUACAAAUGCGCUCGGAUAUGGAGCUUUCCUUGGCCUCUACACAAAUUGGAGGUAUCAGAUGAUAUGCGGGAUGGAUAAACUGCUAUACAACCAUUUCAAUGUGAUUGGAGUUUCCCUCUUUUUCACCGCAGCUUUCAGAGAAGCCAAGAACAGGCCUUAAGAACCCAAGAGCCUGAGAACAACCAUCACAGCAAAACAGCAAAAAGGACCAACAAUAGCAGCAACCACCAGCAGAACCAGCAAGGUUACAGCAACAGUAGCACCUUGUAUUUUAUUUUAUUUUAUUUUAUUUUUUUGGACGAAAAUUGUAAUA